AUGCCUCGACCCGCAUUUACAUCGAAACUCUCGCUGUCCCAACGGCUCAAGCAGAACAACAGCACGACCUCAGUCAACAGCGUCCCUACCAGCCGCCAGGGCAGCCCCAAACGAACCAUGAGCGACGUCAAGCCCGGCCUGGUGCUGCGGGCGAAUGUCGUCAAGGGCAGGAAUCUCGCUGCAAAGGAUAGGAGCGGCACCUCGGACCCUUACCUCGUCGUCUCCCUCGGCGAUGCAAAGCAAGCCACCCCGACCAUCAACAAGACCCUGAAUCCCGAAUGGAACACGAUUCUCGAGAUGCCCGUCGUGGGCGAGCAGAGCCUGUUGCUCGAGGCCACCUGCUGGGACAAGGAUCGCUUCGGCAAGGACUACAUGGGCGAGUUCGACGUCCUCCUUGAGGAUGUCUUCCAAAACGGCCAUCCUGUCGCCGAGCCGCAGUGGUUUCCCCUCGAGUCGCGCCGCACAGGGAAGAAGAAGUCGCACGUCUCUGGCGAGAUCCAGAUCCAGUUCACGCUCAUCGACACGAGCAACCCUACCGCCGUCCCCGAGCAGAUCAUCCAGAAGUUCCUCGCCAUUGCCGGCCAAACGCCCAGCCCAGACGAGUCGGACGAGAAUGGCCUACUGCGCGCCGACAGUGCAGGGACCGACCUCGACGAUGACGACGAGGAGAGCGAGAGCUCCAACGAAGCGCAGGACGAGUCGAAGAAAGCAGAGAAGCGCGAGAAGCGUCGCAAGAAGCUCAGGAUGGCACGACUGAAGAGGAAGGCAAAGCAGCUCAGCGGCUACGAAUACUCGGACAAGUCAGAAGUUGCAGGUGUCCUUUUCCUCGAGGUCCAGAACAUUACAGACCUGCCUCCAGAGAAAAACGUCACCCGGACAUCCUUCGAUAUGGAUCCAUUCGUCAUCACUUCCCUGGGCAAGAAGACAUACCGCACCAAGACCAUCAGACACGACCUCAAUCCCGUUUAUGAGGAGAAGCUCGUGUUCCAGGUCCUGCGUCACGAAGUCAACUACUCUGUGAACUUCACCGUCAUCGACAAGGACAAAUUCUCCGGAAACGAUUAUGUCGGCACAGUCAACUUCCCGCUCGACAAGGCCGUAUCAGUCGCUCCUGUAGCCGAUCCAGAUACUGGUCUCUACAAGCUGCCUGAACUCUCAGACUCGCCAGGCCUCCCUGACACCGGCAGGAGGUCUCGCUUUCGUCUGCCCGUAUCGCGCUCGUCGUCUUCAAACAGUCUGUCUCGCCUAAGUAAGCCAUCUCUCAAAAAAGAGCAUUCCGCCGGAUCGCUCUCGGCUAAAGAUUCGAGCGGAUCGUUACCACUUCCACCAACAAGUGCGCCCGCUGUGGACAGCAGCGGAAACCUUGCGCCUGUUCCUGCCAUCAACGUCGACCCAUCAGCCGUGGAUGAUCAGGAUUUGAAGACCUACACUCUUCCCCUGGAGUUGAAGAACAAAGACCGGUGGGAGGCCAAGCACAACCCGACGCUGUAUAUCCGUGCCAAAUACCUUCCUUACAGGGCUCUACGACAGCAGUUCUGGAGAGCCAUGCUUAAGCAGUACGACGCCGACGACAGUGGCCUGAUUGACAAGAUUGAGCUUACGACCAUGCUCGAUACACUUGGCUCUACAUUGCACGCGUCGACCAUUGACAACUUCUUCAGUCGAUUCUCUGCUGACCACAACGGUGAUGAAUUGCUGACAUUCGACGAGACUGUCAUUUGUCUCGAGGACCAACUACAAAAGAUCGAGCAGCUGGACGAGCAGAAACGCGGGAACACAGCCUCGUCGACCCCAGGGACGGAAACUCCUCCGUUGGCAUCUGGCGAACAGACUCCAAUCAACAAAAACGCCUCAAGAACCUCGAUACCCGUGCUCGAGACAAACAAGCUGGGCUCAGACGGCGAAGAAGGUGAUUUCCUGGCAGAUGACUUGGCAGACGAGACAGGCGAAGAGCAUGUCAUUGAGAUUCGUGAAUGCCCUAUCUGCCAUCAGCCGAAGCUGAACAAGAGAUCCGACGCCAACAUCAUCACUCACAUUGCAACGUGCGCAAGCCAGGACUGGAAGCAGGUUAACAACAUCGUCAUGUCUGGCUUUGUCACGUCAAGCCAAGCUCAGCGCAAGUGGUACUCCAAGGUCAUCACUAAGAUCUCGUACGGUGGUUAUAAGCUAGGCGCCAACUCUGCCAACAUCCUUGUACAAGAUCGGCUCACUGGUCAGAUCAAUGAGGAACGUAUGAGCGUGUACGUUCGCCUGGGUAUUCGCAUGCUCUACAAAGGUCUGAAAGCCAACAACAUGGAAAAGAAGCGAAUCCGCAAACUGCUGAAGUCCCUCAGCUUGAAACAGGGCAAGAAAUACGAUGAUCCAGCCUCGGCCAAAGAGAUUGAAGCAUUCAUCGCUUUCCAUCAACUCGAUAUGACGGAAGUGCUUCUGCCUACGUCGCAGUUUAAGAACUUCAACGAGUUCUUCUACCGAGCUUUGAAGCCCGAGGCACGUCCAUGUUCAGCUCCAGAAGACCCAAGGGUUAUUGUCUCGCCCGCAGACUGUCGGACUGUUGUCUUCGACACGCUCGACCAGGCGCAGUCUAUCUGGGUCAAGGGUCGCGAAUUUACGGUCGAACGUCUUCUGGGUGACGCCUAUCCACAAGACGCCGCACGCUACCACGGAGGCUCCCUUGGCAUCUUCCGACUUGCCCCGCAGGAUUAUCACCGCUUCCAUAUCCCGGUGGACGGUGUGCUGGACGAGCCUAAGCUCAUCGAGGGAGAGUACUACACUGUAAAUCCAAUGGCUAUCCGCUCAGCUCUUGACGUGUACGGCGAGAACGUGCGUGUCAUCUGCCCCAUCGACUCAGUCAGCCACGGCCGUGUCAUGGUUAUUUGUGUUGGUGCCAUGAUGGUUGGUAGCACGGUAAUUACACGCAAGAAGGGCGACCACGUCAAGCGUGCUGAGGAACUGGGUUAUUUCAAGUUUGGUGGCAGCACACUGCUUUUGCUCUUCGAGCCUGGGCAGAUGCGAUACGACGACGAUCUUGUCGACAACUCGCGAUCUGCACUUGAGACUCUUGUUCGCGUCGGCAUGUCUAUUGGCCACAGCCCUGAGAGGGCGCCACAUGUUCCCGACAUGCGCAAGGACAACCCAACGCAUCAGGAGAAGCAGGACGCUAAGCGUCGCAUUGAAGGUAGCUUGGCGCCCGAGGGCGUUACUGGACCCAUGCCCGGAGCGGGCAUGUCAUAG